UAGUUGUCAAUGUUUAUCUCAGUUGUCAAUCUGACACUAGCUGGUCUACAAGGGGUUAUAUUAUCAUUGUUUAAACAUUUUUUAAACAAACAUGCGCUAAACAAUAGACGGUGACGCGUAGUUGUUAUUUACUAGCGACGUAGUAAACAAUGCCUAGCUCGUUAUUGUUCGGUAUAAACAAUGAAGGACGCGUCCAUACACUGUCUACGACAGGGUCGAUGUGGAGAGAGGUGCCCUACGUCGGCCAAGAGUUUAAAAAGCUCUCCGGAGUGCCGCACUUUCUCUGGGCACUCGGCGGUGACCAUCAAGUGUAUGUCUUUGUACACGGUUUAGACAUUCCGAUCCGCGUGCGUGAAGAAUGUUAUGAGAACGAGCGCUGGAUACCAAUUGAAGGCUUCUCUCAAAGACUUCUUCCAACUGAUAGGUAUAGACAUUCUUCCGCUGAUGGCACCGUUGAUCGCUCCAUCGAUAAGAUUCGAUUGCCGUCGAUGGCAUGGCAAUGGGAGGGUGAGUGGCAGAUUGAUCUAACUCUAAAUGGCCAGCCAUUGGAUCAUCAUGGCUGGACAUAUGCGGUUGAUUUUCCGGCGACUUACCAUGCAAAGAAGCAGUGGUCAAGCUGCGUUCGGCGGAGAUUAUGGGUGAGAUCGAGGAAAUACAGCGCGAUGAAUUCAUGGUGUGCUAUUGCUCCAUUACACAAAGACGCCACUGCAGAACCUUUCAUAGAUAUUUCAAUAGGUGGGCAGAAUGUGAGCGGUGCCGAACAAGGUCUCAUGACCGUCUGGGCUGUGACUUCGCACAACAGGGUAAACAAAGUGAUGUUCCGCACGGGUGUCUCCACGCGUUCGCCUGAGGGUGCAAAAUGGCAACAUAUUUCUACCCCGGCUGGUUGUGAAGUUGGUCAACUGUCAGUUGGCCCAACCGGGUUAGUCUGGGCUACGUUAUUAGAUGGUCGAGCUCUCGUUCGCAUAGGAAUUACUAGAGACGCAAUCAGUGGUGAUUCCUGGGUGGAAAUUCGUGGCCCCGGCGAGAAUCUACGAGUGCAACAACUCAGCGUGGGUCUGAAUAGUGUGUGGGCUGUUACCCAUGACAAGCAGGUUUGGUUCCGAAAGGGUGUGAAGGGUGAAGGUUCCGGCGUCAGUGAAGAAAUGGCGGUUGGAUGCGGCUGGGUAGAAAUGGUUGGACGAAUGUCGUUGGUUUCUGUCACUGCUCACGAUCAAGUGUUUGCUAUCGGUGCGGAUGAUCGCGCUGUGUAUCAUCGUACAGGUGUGCAAAAUGGCGACUUGACUGGUAAAAGAUGGCGGGCGUUGCAUGCGCCUUUGCAAGUUAGCAGAGCUAGCAGUAGCGCUAGUUUAACAAGAGACAGAUUUCAAAACAGGAGCAACACAUCACUUAAUCGGCCUCAUAGUCUCUGUGAAUCUUCCGGAAUAUCCGAAUGGGAAGAACAAAGUCAUUCAGCACCUACAGCUCCAGUCUCCCUCCCAGUUGGAGAUUUGUCUGAUAAACAUUUUGAAACUCAAUUGAAAAACCCCAAAGCAUGGAGUCCAGUUAGAUCAGUCGGCUCUGUUGUUGGCACUGAAGUAUUUUCAGACGAAAGUGUUUACCAGUCUGAACGCCAAGAUUCCUGCAUAUUCGCAGAGGAUGAAGAACUUGGUUGGGCGGAGUAUGAAGCGCCAUGGUCUUGGGUGGAAGCAGGUGCCUGCUAUGUCGACACCAAUCAACUUCCCAAUUGGUUCGCCGAAAUGGCCACUGGUCAACAGGUUGAAUUAGAUCAACCAUGGCGGCUGCAAAUCUUGGACGAUUUGAGAAGGCGUAUUGAAGAUGAAGAAAAGUACGCAGCGUAUCCUCCAGCUGUGGAUACCAGUAGUUGGGUACAUACAGGUGAAGCGAGAAUUUCGCAAGCGGCCAUUGGUGCAUUCGUCGAUUGUGUUCUACAACUUGAAUGGAUGAACACAACGGGGACAUUGACAAUACUUCAUCCUGAUGGUGCCUCAGCAAUGCAUCAAUUUCCAAUAAGUGAAAUCCUCUGCACGCAAUGCAUCAGUGAACCUGGCAACGCCCGUCUCGCCAUACACACUCCACACAUUCAACCCGAGUUAAUUCGCUUGCAAUUCUCCAGUGAUACCGUGAUGGAAGAGUGGCAGGGCCAUUUCGCCAGUGUUACCAUGCAGUUGCACAACUGUUCCUCUCGUCCCUCAGAUGCUUCAAUCUGGGCGAUAUCAAAUCUCGGUGAUAUCUUCGCAUGGGAUUCCACCCAACAACAAAUGUAUCAGAAGGAAGAUAACACUUAUGAGCUCUCCAUGGAUUUGUCUGGCAGAGAAUCACCGAUAUCUAUCCCAUUGCAUGGUUGCGUCAGUCCCGGGACUGUUAUUUCUCUUAAUGGCUGCGUGCCUGAUGAUGCCGAGCGUUUCUCGAUCAAUUUACAAGCUUAUAACACUUAUAAACUCAGACAUAAAGCACAUGCGGAGUAUGAAAACUACGCGCUUCAUAUUAACCCACGUUUCAUGGACGGUAAAAUUGUUCUGAACUCGAUGAUUGAAGAUAAAUGGGGUAAUGAGCAACAUGCUAAGAAUAUUUUCGUACGGGGACUUGAAUUCAACAUGAAAAUUCUCGCGAGAACCGAUGAUUUUCUCAUUUUGGUUAAUGGCGAAGAGCUCUGCGCGUUUCGAUACAGAUUGCCUUGCUCAAGCGCUACCUUAUUCACCGUUAAAGACCGCGUGCAAAUGUUUAAGUUCUCGAUGAACACACCGAGUAGAAUCAUCGAUCCGAAAGAUUUAUACUUCCGGCAGUUAGGUGGGCAUUUGAGGAGAAUCGAGAGUUGUAGCGUUGGUGUUACUUGGGGAAUCGGGUAUGAUCACACUUGUUGGGUUUAUAAUGGCGGAUGGGGCGGUGGGUUUAUAAGCGCCAUGGAUAGCAACAAUGUAAAUCCGGUUGGGGACUCGCAGGAUUACAGAGUUUAUGAAAAUCAAAGGUGGAAUCCAGUCACGGGUUACACCAGUACUGGUUUACCUACUGAUAGAUCAAUGUGGAGUGAUAUAACGGGGAAACAGAAACGCACAAGGGAUCAGGUCAAGUUGUUGUCGAUGCGUUGGCAAUGGAUUUCGGAUUGGUUAGUUGAUUUCCACGUACCUGGUGGUGUUGAUAGAGAUGGCUGGCAGUAUGCUGUUGAUUUUCCAUCGACGUAUCACGCUAACAAGCAGUUUACUGAUUGUGUUCGUCGCAGGAGGUGGUACAGGCGUUGUGCGGUGUCUACCUCAGGUCCAUGGCAAGAGUUAGGACACACCAAACUUAUUGAUGUGUCGCUGGAGCCGGUUGGUGACGCUCUGGAUGCACCGAUAUCAGUUUGGGCUCUGGCGGCUGAUGGGCAAGUGAUGGUUCGUACAGGGGUUUCGAAAUCAAAUCCAAGUGUAAGUACAUCAUCAUAAAUCAGUAAAAGGAUAAAAAAAACAUAUUGUGAUUUUAAUCAAGGGGCAAAAUGGGAGCAUGUUUCCACUGAUCAGUCAUUCACCAGUAUCAGCUGCGGGCCUUUUAAUAAAGUUUGGGCAACUGGUAAGAACGGAUGUGCUUAUUGGCGCUACGGCAUCACCGCAUCGUGCCUCGAGGGCGAGAAAUGGUACUGCGUUGAGCCGCCAUCUUCCGCUCAACUCAAACAGAUCUCCGUUGGCCCGGCAGGUGUCUGGGCAGUGGACACAAACGGAAGGAUACAAGUACGAAAGGAAAUCACCGAAAACUUCCAGGAGGGGACUUAUUGGCAUUGUAUUAGUAUUGAUCCCGUUCUACUGACUGCUGCUUCAAAUACCACUGUUUUCAAACAAGUUUCUGUGGGGAAGACGGAAGUGUGGGCUGUUACAAAUGGCGGCACAAUUGCACGACGUUUAGGCGUAUGUCCUGAGAAUUCAAUUGGAUCUGGUUGGGACCUGGGUAUACCCGGAAACUUUCAACAUAUUUGCGUCAAGGCGUUCGAAAAUUAAAUGUGAUCUAUGAAACCAGAACAAUACCGAAACGUUCAUGAGAUUCUUGCUUCAAAAUUCCAAAUAAAUGUGAUUCGCCUAGUCUUUAUACUUUUACUAUCAUCACGUCUGCAAGUCUGCAUAUCUCACAACACCACUGUAUUAAUGAUGAUAUUGCUCUAUUAUUUUUUGCAAACAUGCGCGUGAUUUUCGGCUUAAAGAAGCCUGUGAAGAACAAUAUAUAAACCUAAAGUAUUUUGUGUUUAGUCUAUGCAAAAUUGACUUGAUUUUUGGUGAAUAUUUUACUGUAGCUUAUGAUAUAUCAAAUAUAUUAUUUCAGUUCCAACAA